CUCUCUCCGUCCCUGAUUCACUCACUCCUCUUCCCUCUCCUCAUGAAAUUCUGCAAUAUGCUUCCAAAUUAACGGACACGUAUCUGGUCUUCGCAGCGGGAUCCUCUACCUCCUUUUCCCUCCUCUCCUCCUCUGAUUUUUCCAAACGUUUUUUUUUUCUUCAUGCAGCAAAGUCCAGUCGUUCCCAUCAGAAUGUGAGCUUCAAGCGUAUUAUUCCUCCUCUCCCUUCUCCUCCUCCUCCUCCUCCUCCUCCUCAUUUUCCAGUAUGAUUUUAAGAAAUAGUCAGUCUGGAUUUCUGCUGCUGCAUUCACAGCCGUCAGAAACCACCUCCUCUUCCUCCUCCUCCUUCUCCUGCAGGCUGCACCGACUGACGCUGAAAACUAACACCAAGAGGAUACGGAUGUUGACCAAGACAACAUAGUCUAUUAAUAUUUCAGAGACACUGUAAAGAGAUAUCUGCUGGUAUUAAAGCCAAAGUUGAGGUGGGCGGCUGGUGAGGACGAUCAGUUCCAUCUGCAAACUCAGGUGUCAGACGAGGCACUGCUGAGGGAACGUUCAGUUCAGAGAUGAUGGCAAUGGUGAGGAUGAUGAUGGUGAUAGGGAGGGAGGCUCUGCGCAUCUCCUGGCAUCUGUAGGAGCGUCUCCACUCCAACCUGCCCCCACCCCCUACACACCGUUUCCCCUUCCUGCCCAUCACCCGACAGGAAGGAUGACUGUGGUGUCCACAGAAAACAUGGACGAUACCUCCACCCUGCCGGGUCACCCACAGGACCCCUACCCGCUCGACGACGACCACAAUGACCAUGACUGUUGUGAGCGGGUCGUUAUUAACAUCUCUGGGCUGCGUUUUGAGACCCAGCUGAAGACCCUUGCCCAGUUCCCAGAAACACUGCUAGGGAACCCCAAGAAAAGAAUGCGCUACUUUGACCCCUUAAGAAACGAGUAUUUCUUUGACCGGAACCGUCCCAGCUUUGACGCCAUCUUGUAUUAUUACCAGUCCGGAGGACGACUGAGGAGGCCAGUCAACGUCCCUCUGGACAUGUUCUCAGAGGAGAUAAAGUUUUACGAACUCGGUGCAGAAGCUAUGGAGAAAUUUAGGGAGGAUGAGGGAUUUAUCCGGGAAGAAGAGCGGCCUUUGCCAGAAAAGGAGUUCCAGCGGCAGAUUUGGCUCCUCUUUGAGCAUCCGGAGAGCUCUGGGCCAGCCAGGGGGAUUGCCAUCGUCUCAGUUAUGGUCAUUCUUAUUUCAAUUGUCAUAUUUUGCUUGGAGACUUUACCGGAGCUAAAGGAGGACCCUAAUGACCGCAUUCACCAGGUGGGCAACACCACCAUGUAUUACAAGGCAAAUGUUCUAACAGACCCUUUCUUUGUGGUGGAGACGCUCUGCAUCAUCUGGUUUUCCUUUGAACUAAUAGUCCGUUUCUUUGCUUGCCCGAGCAAAGCAGCAUUCUUUAAGAACAUGAUGAACACUAUUGAUAUUGUGGCUAUAAUCCCAUACUUUAUCACUCUUGGCACAGAGCUAGCUGAUGACCAAGAGAACAAGGAGGGUAGGGGAGGAGGGGAACAGGCCACUUCUCUAGCCAUUCUCAGGGUGAUUCGUCUUGUGAGGGUAUUCCGGAUAUUCAAACUCUCCCGACACUCCAAAGGGCUCCAGAUUCUGGGGCAAACUCUCAAAGCAAGCAUGAGGGAGCUGGGGUUGCUCAUUUUCUUCCUCUUCAUUGGUGUGAUUUUAUUUUCCAGUGCAGUUUACUUUGCUGAAGCUGAGGAAAAGGAGUCGUUCUUCACCAGCAUCCCAGAUGCUUUUUGGUGGGCUGUGGUGUCGAUGACAACCGUUGGCUAUGGGGACAUGUACCCUGUGACCAUUGGAGGGAAAAUUGUUGGAUCUCUUUGCGCCAUUGCUGGUGUGUUGACCAUUGCACUGCCUGUGCCAGUCAUUGUGUCCAACUUCAACUACUUCUACCACCGGGAGACGGAAGGGGAGGAGCAAGCACAGCUGCUCAACAUCAGCAACCAGAACUUGGCAUCAGAAACCAACUCAAGCCGCCGCACUUCCUCUGUUGUCAGCAAGUCGGAGUACAUGGAGAUAGAUGAGGACUUGAACAACAGCAUUGAUAACUUUAGGGAAGCAAACCUUAGGACUGCCAACUGCACUGCCCCCAGCCAGAACUGUGUUAACAGGGGGAAGCUGCUCACCGACGUGUGAGACAGUACCUGGCACACUGCUGUACAUAUUGUAGAAAUCUCUGGAUGCUUUAACUAUAGGUGCAUUUUAAUCUUUUUUUAAACAUUAUUCUUUUAAAAUAGACUUUAAUACAUUCAUUAAGAGGCAAAACUGAGCAGAUCUUGGCAAAAAACUUGUGUUUUAAAUUUGUAUUCAUUCCAAAAAUAUACCAUGGCCUUCACAGGCAAUUUUGCAUAUCAAAUUCAAUUAUGUGUGACCAGGGACAGGAUUCAGAUGUAAGACACCAUCCCGGACAAGUCCCCAAUAAUUUUACCUGGGUCCUAGGGUUAAAAAACAAUAUAUAUAUAUAUA